CAGGUAUUGGUAUCAAGAUGAUGCUGGCCUUGUAAAACGAGUCGGGAAGUGUUGCGUCUUUUUCUGUUCCCUGGAAGAGUUUAUAGGGUGCUCGAGAGGAAGACCUUGAUGCUGUGGAAGCGCAGAUUGGCUGCAAGCUUCCUGAUGAUUAUCGAUGUUCAUACAGAAUCCACAAUGGACAGAAAUUAGUGGUUCCUGGGUUAUUGGGAAGCAUGGCGUUGUCUAAUCACUAUCGUUCUGAAGAUUUGUUAGACGUCGAUACAGCUGCCGGAGGAUUCCAGCAGAGACAGGGACUGAAAUACUGUCUCCCUUUAACUUUUUGCAUACAUACUGGUUUGAGUCAGUACAUAGCAGUGGAAGCUGCAGAGGGCCGAAAUAAAAAUGAAGUUUUCUACCAAUGUCCAGACCAAAUGGCUCGAAAUCCAGCUGCUAUUGACAUGUUUAUCAUAGGUGCUACUUUUACUGACUGGUUUACAUCUUAUGUCAACAAUGUUGUAUCAGGUGGCUUCCCCAUCAUCAGAGACCAAAUUUUCAGAUAUGUUCAUGAUCCAGAGUGUAUAGCAACAACUGGGGAUAUUACCGUUUCUGUUUCCACAUCAUUUCUGCCAGAACUGAGCUCUGUACAUCCACCCCACUAUUUCUUCACAUACCGAAUCAGGAUUGAAAUGUCAAAGGAUGCACUUCCUGAGAAGGCCUGUCAGUUGGACAGUCGCUAUUGGAGAAUAACAAAUGCUAAGGGUGACGUGGAAGAAGUUCAAGGACCUGGAGUAGUUGGUGAAUUUCCAAUCAUCAGCCCAGGUCGGGUAUAUGAAUAUACAAGCUGUACCACAUUCUCUACAACAUCAGGAUACAUGGAAGGAUAUUAUACCUUCCAUUUUCUUUACUUUAAAGACAAGAUCUUUAAUGUUGCCAUUCCCCGAUUCCAUAUGGCAUGCCCAACAUUCAGGGUGUCUAUAGCCCGAUUGUUUUGGUAAUUUGUGCCUUUCAAGGAAUUUGUCCAUUUCAUCUAAAUGUUGAAUUUAUUGGCAUAAAAUUAUUGACAGUAUUCCCAUGAUAUCCUUUUAAUGGCUACAAAAGCCAUAGUCACAUGUCCUCUUUUGUUCUUAAUAUUGUUAAUUUAUAUCUUCUCUUUUGUUCAUUGCUUUAGCUAGGGGCUUAUCAUUUUUACUGAUCGUUUGAAGGAGCAACUUUUGGUUUUACUGAUUUUCUCUAUUUGCUUAUUUUCUAUUGCAUUGAUUUUUGCAGUUAUCUUUAUUUCUUUCUACUUUGAAUUUAAUUUGCUUUUCUUCUAGCUUUUUAAAGGUAGAAGUUUAUAUUAGUAAUUUUAGACCUUUUUUCUCUCUAAGCACUGUUUUAGCUGCAUUUCAUUUAGAUGCAUUUUGAUGUGUUUUCAUGAACAUGUCGUUCAAAAUAGUGUUAGAUUUCCCUUGUAAUUUAAUUUACUCUAUGACUUUUCUAGAAAUGUAUUAAUUUUCAAACAUUUGGAGAGUUUUCAGUUAUCUUUUGGCUAUUGAUUUCUAAUUUUAUUGUGGUUAGAGAAUUUGCUCUGUAUUUUCAAUCCUUUUAAAUGUUUUAUGGCCCUAAAUUAUGGUUUAUCUUGGUAAAUAAUCCUUGUAUAUUUGAAAAUAAUGUACAUUCUGCUAUUUGGGGGAAUAUUAUUCUACAUAUGAUAGAUCAAAUUGGUUGACAGUGCUUUUCAAGUCUUCUGUAUACUUGUGAUUUUUUUUUUUUUUUUGGUCUUUGUCCUAUCAACUAGUGAGAGAUGAUUGUUGAAAUCUCCAAAUGUAAUUAUAGUUUUUGUUUCUCUUUUUAGUUCUGCCAGGUGUGCUUCAUGUAUUUCGAAGCUGUAUAAUUACAUGCAAAUAUGCUAAGGAUUAUUUUGUAUUUUUAAUGACCUGAUUCUUUCAUCAUUAUGAAAUCUCCCUCUUUAUCACUGAUAAUAUUCUUUGUCCUAAAGUUUAAAGAGCAUUGAGGUUUGUUUUGGCAGGUAGUUGAGUUACUGUUGGGUCAACUUGAUCCUUUGGAGUCUUGUUUGUUUUUGAUGUUGGUUAGGGUGGGUGUAAAGUAGUCUUUAUUUAAGGACAGUAGUUGCCAACUUUCAGUCUCAUGACCCCCUGAAACUCUAAAAACUUACUGAGGGCUCUGAAGAAUUCUUGCUUAUGUGGAUUGUAUUAAUACUUACCAUAUCAGGAAUUAAAACUGAGAAAGUUUUACAAUAUUUACUUAUUAGUUCCUUUUCAAAUGACAAUAAUAAAUCCAUUACAUAUUCAGCUCUCUCUUAACUAUGUUCUUUCUUACUAGUUUUCAUUUCCUUCUAACCACAAAUAAACAUAUAAAAUCUUGACCUGCCUUGUGGAAAAUGUUUUCUCUCAAGGAUGAGAAAUAAAAUGAGAAUUCUGGACUUAUUUCUUAUCAAUAUUAGACAAUGGUGGUUGUAUUUGUUGACCUUUCCUGUUGAAAUAAUAGUUUUCUGAUACGGAGACUUGUUCUGCUCCUUUUCCGUCCUCUACCAGUCUGAUUAAUUCGUAGGCUUAACAAUUCCUUUUUCUUUCUCCUUGGAAUGCCUCUUGGAAAUAUGCAUUCAUUGGCCUGUGUCUUUUCUCGGUCUAGGUGGUGUAUGUGUGUGGCUCGUUUGGGGCACUUGUAGAGGCUCUGGCUUCACAUUUCCACUCCUCUCUGUGUGUGAUUCUCUUCAUAUGCUGUUCGUGUGUGUACACUUUGUACACUUUUUUCUGAGCAGUCUCUUUCUUUAGCCACAUUGAGUUCUUUAACAGUUUUUCUGUUUUCUUCUUCAUUAAGAUAAUUAAUGAUCAUACUACUCAGAUACCACAUUUUAGAACUUCCCAAGCCUUUCCCUUUCCCACCUUUUGGACCUCCUAACUGAAUUUCAAAGUCUUCAUUCCUUAGAUUAAAAAAAAAAAAAAAUCCAAAGAUAAAAAGAAUGUAAUGUCUUAUAAGUCAUAUCAGUGUAUAUGUUCUCUGUUAUUGUUGUUGUUAGUGUUAUAAUAAAUCCUAAGUGACACAA